AUGGAGCAUCGUCGCCGCGAUCUUCGCAAAAUUUCGUCCGCCAUUCGCCUGGCCGCGAGCCUCGCGAGCCUCGCGCUCGUCGCAGUCAUCCUAUUGACCGCCACAACCAGCGGCGCAGCCAGCGACUCAACCAGCGACGAAUCCUGCGAACCUGGACCGCCCACGUCGAGCAUUUCCGUCGUGUCUUUUGCCGGGCAGGCGACAGGAGAUUCCCAGGAACUGUUCUUCGAGGGGUCCAUGUGCGUCAACCCGCACAAGUUCCGCGAGGAUAUGAUCCUGCAAGUAGACUGGAACGGUGGGGACCCGACCGCGUGUCGCAGCGUCGCCCUUUACCCCAAGAAGAACUGCGCUGGCCGCCCCUAUCGCUCGCUCAUCCGCCCCCUCACGGCCGACCCCAUCGUCAAUUGGAAUUUCCGUGUCGAUGAGCUGCCUGCCUCACUAACUAUCACCUUCUCUCCUUCCCUUCCCCUGCCAUUCUGCUUGCCUCCUCCAUGCCUCUCUCGCCCCCAUGCUCACGUCCUAACAGCCGCAUGCAGCCCGCCAUGCCGUGAGGCGGCCACCUGCCAGGUGGACAAUGGGGUUGCCAUGUGCAAGUGUGGCGCCGGGUACACCAUGAUGGCCAAUGGCCACUGCAAGGCCGUUUGCAAGCCUGCAUGCGCCACCAACGCUGAGUGUGUGGUGGUGGGAGGCAAUUCUGUGUGCCAGUGCAAGCAGGGAUACGCGUUGAAGGGGAAGAGGUGCAUGCCCCAAGCAGGGGUUGGCCAGGCGAGGGAGUGGCUGAAUCACCAAAUUCGAGGUGCGAGGAAGACCAGCGAAGGGUUCACGGGUUAA